CACUGUAGACGUGGAAGAGAAACAAGUGUCAUGCAUGCUACAUUACACGUUACAACGUUGCUAUAUAUACCACAUUCUUCUCUUCAGCAAACUAGGAUCGAUCUCAUUCAUCAACACCGCUCCUCUUCUCUUUCAUAGCCUACGGCAACGCUCAUUCCACUCUUUUCUACCUCUUCUCUUUUUACCAUUUCUUUCACAUAUUUGGUGUCCAAGUGAAGUUUCCAAGAAGCAAGAUUGUCUUUAAAAAUUGUAACCUCUGAAAAUAUCAACAAUGUCUGGUGUGACUCUAGCUGUUGAUCGUUCAUCAGUGCCACAACAAAGAGAUGCUGCUGCUGCUACCGGCACUGCUGCUGCUACUGCUGCACCUUCAGCCACAAAUCCUAAACAGCAGAAGGAACAUCAACCAACCCCUCUCGGUGGCAUGAUGGGUUCACUGCGCGUCAUAGAGCUUCAGCUCGUGGCAUUCAUCUUAGUUUUCUCAGCAAGUGGCCUUGUUCCACUCUUUGAUCUUAUCUUUCCAGCACUUGCCUCUGCAUACAUCUUAGCACUCUCGCGUUUCGCUUUUCCAUCGCCGCCGGCCGGUUCUGUUUCUGCCUCGCCGGAGGUUUUUAAAGGAAGCAGGUUGUUUCGGAUGUAUGUGGUGGUUGGAACCACCGUGGGGCUGUUCUUGCCACUGGCUUACGUGCUUGGAGGGUUUGCUAGAGGGGAUGAGCAUGCUGUGCGUUCCGCGACGCCACAUUUGUUCUUGCUCUCGUUUCAGAUUUUGACUGAGAAUAUUAUCAGUGGGCUGUCUCUGUUUUCGCCGCCAGUGAGGGCGUUGGUGCCCAUGAUCUACACCAUUAGGAGGAUCUUUGUGGAUAUGGAUUGGAUUACUAAUGUGUGGAUUAACAAGACUUUGCCUGCUAAUGCACGGGUUCAGGACAUGGCAUGGCAUUGGUUUGGGAAGGGUUUGGCAGUGGUCAAUCUGGCUUAUUUCUCCAUCAAUCUAUUUGGGUUCUUGAUACCAAGGUUCCUUCCAAGAGCUUUUGAGAGGUAUUUCCAAGAGAGGGGAGAGAUCUAUGCUAAGACAGCAGAGGACAAGCGAUUUGUAUCCAGCAACAAACCACAAGUAUCAGAGAAGAAGAUAGAUUGAGAGCUUUAGCUAGUUUUGUUUUACUUGCAGUUUUAUACAGUUUCAGCAUUUUUGUAAGAAAAUUCAUAAUGGUUGUGUAUGAUGUAAAUCGACCUUGACUUAAAUUAUGGCUCUCCAUUGCAUGUUAAUGGAACUAUAUAGUAUUUGU